CCUUGCAGUUACUUAGCGAGCUUAGGUAGUUAAUUUAGCAACUAAAAUACGCUAAAUUACCUCCCAGGGUCCUGGAAUGACAACAUUACAGGGCUCCCAAUCAGUUCCCGCCAAUUGAUUACGAUACUUGCUACACCUAUUUGAGAUUUGCUCUACUCAGCGAAGAACCAUCAGCACAAACAUCGUAUCAAUCCUUCUGGUCAGGCCACAUAUACCAGGACCUCUCCGUGUCGACUUCAUGUCAUUCUCUCUCCAAUCUUCCCUCCCGAUCUCCCGGUGACUAUGGCCACUGCCUCAGCCAUGUCGUCGCCACACAAGCCCCGGCGCAAAGCGAAAAAGACAGCUCACUUCGACGCCAAUGUCAAGCCCGAAGCCCUCGUUCGAUCUCCCAGCUUUCCUCUAGAAGCUCUCUUAUGGCCCGCUCGGACUUCCCUUUCUCAAUGGGAGACACUACCCUUGAUUCUCAUGGCCGCGGGCCUCUUCCGCUGGGCUGCCGGCUUAUGGGGGUACUCGGGUCAGAAUAAACCUCCUAUGUUCGGCGACUAUGAAGCUCAAAGGCAUUGGAUGGAAAUCACCACACACCUCCCUAUCUCGCAAUGGUACUUCCACGACUUACAAUGGUGGGGACUCGAUUACCCUCCUCUCACAGCUUACCACAGCUGGUUGUGCGGUCGAAUUGGGUCAUUUAUCGAUCCUUCCUGGUUUGCCCUCUAUACGUCCCGUGGCUCGGACGACCCUACCCUCAAAAUAUUCAUGAGAGCCACAGUAAUUGUCUCCGAAUAUCUAAUAUAUGUCCCCGCCGUUGUCAUCUUUACUCGGAGAUAUAGCCGGCUUUUUGGCGUGGCGCAAUGGCCUGCCUCGCUCGCGCUUGUCGCUAUUCUUUUGCAACCAAGCACUAUUCUCAUCGACCAUAUCCACUUCCAGUAUAAUACUGUGAUGCUUGGCUUUGCAGUUGCUAGUAUGUCUAGCAUGCUGGCUGGUCGAUACAUGUGGGCAUCUAUCUUUUUCGUUGGCGCCCUGGGCUUCAAGCAGAUGGCCUUGUAUUACGCUCCGGCCGUCUUUGCUUUCUUGUUGGGUACCUGCAUUUCACCUCGGAUCAAUUCGGCGCGGUUCUUUGGCAUUGCUGCUGUGACUGUAGCAUCUUUUGCCAUAUUGGUCCUUCCAUUUGUUCUUGGUACCAUCUACGAUACGAGCAGAGGCAUUGUUUCGCGACCUGAACUUGAGGGAGCUCAGGCGCCGCUCCCCAUCUUCGCUUUUCUCUCUCAAUAUCUAGACACGUCGGCUGCUUAUUAUCCAGUUAUUGAACAGAUUGUGCAAAUGAUACACCGAAUCUUCCCAUUCGCUCGAGGAUUAUUUGAGGAUAAGGUUGCUAAUUUCUGGUGUGCGGCGAAUGUGGCUGUCAAACUCCGCGGCUAUCCUGCUGAACUCCUCCAGAGAGCUUCUCUGUUGGCGACUCUAGCAGCAAUCUUUCCGCCUUGCGCCAUCCUUCUUGUAAGGCCUCGUAAAGAACUUCUUCCUUACGCUCUUGCCUCUACGGCAUGGGGCUUUUUCCUCUUCAGCUACCAGGUCCAUGAGAAAAGCGUUCUUCUCCCGCUUCUCCCGAUGACACUUCUCCUUGCUGGCAAGCAAGGCUUAGGCAAAGAGGUCAGAUCGUGGGUGGGAUUUGCAAAUACUCUCGGAGCGUGGACGAUGUUCCCACUGCUUCAACGGGUCGGUCUGAAAGUUCCCUUUGUAGUACUCACAUCUCUUUGGGAGUAUCUACUUGGCCUACCACCAUUUUCUAUUAGUGCAUAUUUCCCUAAAGGCCAAAAUGCUGUGCUUCAAUGGGCGACAUUGCUGACCCAUGGUCUCUUCUACCUCGCCAUGACAAUUUGGCAUAUUGCAGAACAGACUAUCACCCCACCUCCUGAUAAGCCUGAUCUCUGGGUUGUUGCCAAUGUUGGUGUAGGUUUCUCUGGGUUCUCCCUCUGCUACCUGUGGUGCCUUUGGAAAUUGAUACAGGAAAGUGGCCUGCUAGGGGCCAACAAGAACAAGGUCAAGACUAAAUAAUCAUUUCUUCAGCAUGCCGGGUUGAAACCACGACAUUUAAGUUUAUGUAUGCACCAUUAUUGAUACCCCUCAAAGAAUUGAAACAUUAUGUAUUGCGUCGAGUUAUCUUAUGAACAACCCUGAUGAUGUCCACUAUCUAUAGAAGUAAAGACAUAUCUCAGUCCACAAUCAUCGAAAAGACUUUGUGACUUCAUAGGUCACUGAAUCUGGGAUUAAUGUCACAAGCCUUUGCGACGAUUACUCUUCGACAUCAAACAGUACAAACUGCUUCUUGAAGGGGUUAGGUUACAAGUAGCCCGGUAAUUAGGGAGAAUUGAGAAACUAGCCAUUUCAGGACAGGAUGAAGGGAUGAGAUUAUUCAUGUCUGUGCCCUGUAGAUUGUCCUUCGCUAGCGCC